AUGUUUGUGUCUCAGCGUCUCUUUCGACGGCGCUUGGUGCUGCCGUCCCUCUGUGGCUUAGUAGUGGCGCUGCUGUUGCCACUGCUGCAGCAGCAACAAACAGCAGACGCGCAGGUGUUGGGUAUCGACGUAGGAUCUGAGUUCAUCAAGGCGGCAGUAGUAGCUCCUGGCAAGCGUAUAGAUCUGGUGCUGAGCAAUACCAGCAGUAGGAAGUUCCCAAAUGCCAUCUCCUUCGUCGAGAAAGACACAUGCGCACUUUCAGAGGAUGCGAUAGCUGAGGCUCACAAGAAUCCUAAGCGAGUUUUUCAGGGCCCAUCGCUCUUCUUGGGGCUCUCUGCUCAGGAGGUAGGAGACCUUGUUAUUGAAGAGGGAGACUCCUCUGAUACUGGAUUGCAGCGUGUAACUCCGAAAGAGGGGUACUGGCCUGGGGGCAUCUCCGCCGCUUACAAUCCAUGGGAAGUGUAUGCAUCCCCCACGAAGGGAGGGUUGCUUUUUAAGGUCAGAGAUGAUUUGCUGCUGCCACCUGAGUCUCUCAUUGCUGCAGUUUUGUCCUAUAUAAGACAAACAGCAGCUGCAGCUGCCCACCUUCCGCCUGCAGUAGUGCUGGGGGCUGUGGUCUCCGUACCCUGCCGGUACACUCAAAGGCAACGGGCAGCUUUGAGAGACAGUCUGGAAAUCGCGGGGUUUAAAGUUGUAGGUUUUGUCUCCCAUGGCGCCGCGGCUGGGGUGCAGCACGCCCUAGACACGUAUGACAGAGCAACAGCUGCAGCAGUUGCAGCAGCGGCUGCGGGAUCGGCAGCAAAGGCGGAAACGAAGCUUACCCUCAACGUGGGCAGCAGCUCUGUUGACGCAGCACUGCUCUCCUUCCAGGCCGUCUUUCCCAACGCCAACAGCAAGCAGGAGGCGGUGCCUCUCGUAACUCUUGCGGGCUGCAGCAGCACUGCAGGAGGAGGAGGGCGAGCUGUCGAUGUGCUUGUUGCUGAAAUGCUCAGGCAGAUGUUUGAGGGAAAAAACAAGGGCAUGCCGCUUUCGGGAGAAUCACGAGCACUGAAAAAGUUAGAGAAGCAGGCAGCCGCGACCAAGACGGUGUUGAGUGCCAGCAAAACGACAUUUGUGAGGGUGGAACGUUUGUACAAGGGCAAGAAUCUGGAAGAGGAGCUGACCCGAGACUCUCUUGAGACACAAAUAGAACAGAGUGAACUGCUUCGCCACCUGCAGGCAGUUCCAGAGGGGGCCCUUGCCUCGGCAGAGCAUACUUUAGAGGAAAUUGAGGAGGUGGAGCUAUUGGGAGGUGGAUUGCGUGUUCCCCGCUUUUUGAAGCACAUCAACGAAUGGGCAGGAAAAGGCAAAACAAAGACGCAUCUCAAUGGAGAUGAGGCGAUGGCAACAGGUGCUGCCUUUGUUGCGGCAAAUAGUACUGCAACGUUUCGAGUUCGGAAGCUGCUCUUACAAGACGGAGCUCCCUAUACGUACUCUCUCCGCUUCCUCGGCUUACAGGAUGAAGAUGAGGCCCAACAGCAGCAAGAUCAAGCCUCACAGCAGCUAGAUGAAACCUCGCAGCAGCAGGAUGGGGGCAGCAAGGUGAAAGUGCUAGUUGCGCCUUUCAAGAGGCUAGCGGGCAGCAAGAGGGUCUCGGUGAGAACUAGGAGUGACUUCGUAGUCCAGCUGCUCGAGGACGAGAAGCUGCUCAGCACCCAUAGCAUCACUGGUGUGCUGGCAGCGCACCAACAGCGGCAGCAGGAUAUCGACAAGGAGAAGCAGCAGCAGCAAGAACAAGAGCAGCAGCAGCGGAUAGAAGACGAUAAGGAAGCUCCCAAGGCAGAGCUGGUGUUCUCCAUUGACUCAGCAGGAGUCAUUGAGCUUACAAAAGCCACUCUUGUCUUCGAGAGAACUACGUACACCCCCGAGCCACAAAAGGAAACACCCGUUGCAACGCCGGAGCAAGCAGAAGGGACAGCAUCAGAUUCUCAUGCAGAAUCAACUGAGGCAGAAAAGAAAUGCGAGGACCCCAACGACCCUGCAUGUGCUUCUAAAGCCAACACCAAGAGCGACUCCAACAGUGGCAACGAUGCGACCAAUAAGGGAAAGCGUGUGGUGCAUACAUUCCGCUAUCCUCUGUCUUACAAGAGUGAGGAAACAGCGCCUGUCCCUCUAACUGCUGAGGAGAAGGCACAACUGAAGGAGUUGUUGCUGCAGCAGGAGGCGCGCAACUUGGCUGCAAAGCAACUGAUAGAGGGACUUAACGCCUUAGAGACAUAUAUCUACUCGGCCAGGGGGCAGUUACUUGAUGGGUCGUUAGAUCGCGUGACAAAUGAGAUCUUCAAGCAGGAUAUGCUUGAAAAAAUUAAGCAAGUCGAAGAGUGGAUUUAUGGCGAGGCAGCAGCAGAUGGUCUGAAGGCAGUGCAAGAGCGGCUCAGUGACCUCAGGGAGACAUUAAAUCCUGUGUACAUGCGGGCAAAGGAGGCAGAGGCGCGUCCUGCCCUGAUCAAUAAAGCUGAUAAAUUGCUGCAGGAUGUGGAGCAAAGACUUGAACAGUAUGCUUCCACCAGGCCCUGGAUACCGGAGGCCAAGAUCUCAGGUGUUCGAACACUGCGCAACGAGCUCUUGCAGUGGUGGGAAGAGGCGAAGCAGAAACAGGCCGACCAAUCGUUGUUGCUGCCGCCAGUCUUCACAGAAGCAGAAGUCCUUUUAAAGCUCAAAGAUCUCCAAAAGAAGAUAAAGGCGCUGGAAGCCAUCCCUAAGCCAACGACAACCACUACCACGACCCCAGCGCCCGCCAAGGAGGAACAAGGGGAAGGGAUGCCGGCAGAGCGCAAACCAGAGGCUGAAGAGACGAAGACUACCGAGGGAGAAAAGGCAGAGACGUCAGGCACAGGCGAGGAGACACAACAACAUCCAAAGGACGAACUUUAA